GAUUAACCAGCAUUCCGGGACCCGAACACGGACAACCAGCACCACCGGUUCUAAACGUUUCAUUGAACAACAAAACCCGGUCGCGGGCAAGAAACGUUGUCAUCUUCGGCGAAAGCGGUUCAGGGAAGAGUUCAGUCAUCAACGCAAUCGCACAAAAACAGCUCGCGAAGACAUCUGUCGAUGCCUACUGGAUGCACCUUCCGCCAUCAAAGCUAUAAAGUGAACAUUUCCGGCCAGGAAUACGCUCUGUUUGACACCGUAGGUUUCGAUGAAGGGACUGAAGGGACGGUCCCAGCAGCACAGGCAAAAAAGGGCUUGAAUGGCUUACUAGCUAAGCUCACGAGCCCUGUAUCGGAUGGUAUCGACCUUUUGGUAUACUGUGUGCAGAGCACCAGAGCCCGUCAUGCCCUUCUUCGACACUACAACCAUGUGUACUCCACGAUCUGCCGGAAGAAGGUUCCGAUUGUCGUCGUCGUCACGGGAUUGGAGGAUGAACCAAUUAUGGAGAACUGGUGGAAUACCUACGGGCAGGAAUUCGAAAGUCUUGGGAUGCUUUUCAAAGACCAUGCAUGCGUCACAACGCUUGUUGAAGACCCGGGCACCCCGGUCGACUUUAUUCAUCGCAUCGCAGAGUCCCGCAAGGUUCUCCGCAACCUUAUUGUCAAGAAUUGCUCGGAGUAGGCGGUUGAUGACAGCUCAUUCGGAUAGUCUUUCGCUGUGAGCAUGCUCGUGCUUAUUUUAUUAAUAGUAAUGUAUCAGUCUCAUAACAUUGACGUGGACUUUCGAGGAUCUUCCA